UAUUAAUAAGCAUUUUUAUGUUUUUAGGAAUUCAAACUGCAAAGUAACACCCGAAAUUAGAUUUACCAAUCUGGAAGUUAAGUCUGGAUGUUCCAAUUCUUUGAGGUGCAAUACAUGAGGGACUCCUUUUGGCCACAAGGUCUUUUGGAAGUAAGCAGUUAAAAGAAGAAUAGCAGAAGCAGAGUAGCUAAUGUAAUGCAUGAAAUUUGAAAUAUUGAUCUUCAACUGUAGCCAUGCAUGCCUCUCCAAGUUGCAGUCCCUUAUGAUUCCUAGUUGUCAGGAGUUAAAGGAAAGAUGGCCUAACAAAAAUAGCAACAUUCUCAAUGGUAAAGAUUUUGAUUAUAAGAGAUUUCAAAAUGUUUGCCUUUGGCAUAAGCUAUGCAAUGCCUCCCAUGUUGCAGUUGUUGAAUGCCCAAAAGUUGAAGUAAAGAUGCCCAAAGUUGCCAUUGCUUUGGUAAUUUGUAAUCACUUUUCUCAAGGUGCUAAAGUCAUGUUUCAUAAGUGAAAUUAACAAUUUAUUUUUUUAUUUUUUUUGCACAGUAGCUGUAGGGAGAAUAUGAGUGAACAAUUUAGCUACCUAAUUAUGGAUCUAUAGAUUUUUAAUGUUCAGAUAUGAAUUCAGAAGCUUAGCCAUUGACUGUUACUCCAUAAAUUCAAGCAGAAAGAUGGAAUCACGUAUGACUCAUAGGUCCUUGGCCUGAAAUGCACCCAGUGAAUGCUCAUUCAAUAAGCGAGCAGUAGCAGGAGAAAUUGGAGGGAAAGUGUGUUGACAAGCGAAGAUAAUUCAAGUGUUCAAUAUCUCAUUCCUUAAGCCAUGAUGUCUUUUGAAUGUAACCUAUUUAGAAGAGCAGCACAUGUUGAUUAGCUUAGGACUUUCUUGGUGCACUAGCUGCAUUUGUGCAGAUUCCAGUUCAAUAGGCUGUUCCUUACUUGAGUAUCACAGUCUCAUUUCCUUCAAAACUAGAAUUCUAGGACCAUGCCAGGUGACGAAUGCCUCAAAAUCUUACUUUCAAGGAACUGUUUUUUGUUUGAGGCUUUCUGAAAUUUCUCAGUGGACAUUGGCUGGUGUGGCUUUAAGAGACUUUCAAUUGAGUUGGACUCCUUGGACUGCAUGAAGUGGCUGAGAAAUUGGAAUACUAUUCUUGCAGACAUGUUGAGAAUUUGAUUCCAGAGUCCAAGUUUUUCCUUUCUUUCCUUGGGAAAUUUGGAGCGUAUCUUGAUUAAUCAUGGGAGAAAUGCUUUGGCUUUAGCUUUUUACAAAGCAAGGUGCAAACAGACCAAAAGACUGGGAUGUUUGGCUUCUCUAUGACCUCCAGUUUCUUCUUUUGAAACUGAUAGCUGGCUUUAGGAAGGAUGCUUUACUGUUCUGCUACCUUCCAUUUUUCUGUCUAAUGUCCUAGUUAAUUACUUGUAAGGGUUGGAGUACCCCCUUGUACUCCUCUUUCUAACAAAAUUUUUGCUUUGGUUAAUAACAAAACUAAUUUAGA